AGCAUUAGCACAAAAGCCUGGUUUGAAAGAGUCUUUUGGUUUCUCAGAGAAAGAACUUGAGGAAUAGAGAGCUAUACAGAAAGACUUAACUAGAGAGAUGGGGAGAGCUCCUUGCUGUGACAAGGAUAAUGUGAAGAAAGGACCAUGGUCACCAGAAGAAGAUGCAAAGCUUAAAGAGUAUAUAGAACGAUAUGGGACUGGGGGGAACUGGAUUGCUCUUCCACAGAAAGCUGGUCUAAGGAGAUGUGGAAAGAGUUGCAGAUUAAGAUGGCUUAACUAUCUCAGGCCCAACAUUAAGCAUGGAGAGUUUUCUGAUGAAGAAGAUAAGAUCAUUUGCAACCUCUUUGCUAGCAUUGGAAGCAGGUGGUCAAUUAUAGCAGCUCAAUUGCCAGGAAGGACAGACAAUGAUAUCAAGAACUACUGGAACACAAAGCUCAAGAAGAAACUCAACCAAUAUUCCAUGAUGGGCAUAAUCCCUCACAACUCAGGCAGCUUCUCAUCUCUUCUUCCUCCCCAAACUUCAACCUCAUCAUCCUCACCAACAUCAUACAGAAGAAGCAGCAACACCAGUACUCCUACGUACUACUCACAUCAAGUCGGGUCCUUCUCCAGUGCUAAUCUGGAACCUCAUAUUCCAUUUUCACCAAGUUUUUUAAGUGGUGCCAAUACUACUACUACUACUAAUGCUGCCCUUCAAGUAGGUCAAGACAGUUUUAUGGGUCAAACCAUGAUGCAACAUUAUCAAGCAAGGGAUAACAUCUUGAUGUUUGGGGGUACCACUACUGAAGCUAGCUGCAGUUCUUCUGAUGGGAGCUAUGGCACUACAGGUUAUGGUGAAGUACAGUUGGGUCUGCAAAACUACUACUACAAUAAUGGUACUGAAGCAAACAAUCAGAAAAUCAUGGUGUCAGAGAAUGGUCUUGGUCUUGAUCAUGACGCUCCAUUAGAGUAUGGCCUUGAAGAGAUCAAGCAGUUGAUUAGCAGUAGCACUACUAGUGGUGGUUGCAACAACUUUUUGUUUGAUGAAAACAAGACAGAGGAAAAGGUCAUCAGGUACUACUGAUGCUGACAGUGAGUGAAAUCAAAGAUAUGGAAGAAGAAGAAGUAAGGGAAAUAGGGGGAUUGGUUAAAGAUCUUCUGGAUUUUGGACUACACUGUUUUCUGUGAAAGAAGAGGUUGGAGUUGGUAUGUUUCUGACAGUACAUGGUAAAAAAGGUUUCCUCUUUUGCAUUGCUUUUAGGGAAAUGAUGUAUGUCUAAGUAGCAAGUACACUUUAACUGCACUCACGGCAUGGAGAUAUCUGAUAUCACAGCAACAACAACAAAAAUCCCAUCUUUUUAGGAUCUGCAAACCAAGUUUUUUUUUUGUGACUAUGCAUUGUUCUUCCAUUGUCUUAAUUAUUCAAUUCAACUUAGUUAGAUCUGUGUGGAUAUUAUCAUCUUCUAGUCUUCUAGCCAGAGUUAAAGAUUAAGAACGACUUGAUGUUAAUCCCAAUCUCAGUCUUCAAUGUAGUUUGGUACAGAACCA